UGGACCACAUUCGGCACUGCACUCCCUUGGGUCCCAAGCAUUACACCCGACAAGUGUGAAGUCAAUCGGAUGAGCAGUUCUCGAGAUAUGUUGAUAACACACAGAGGGACAGACACGUGACCUGUCGGAGCAGUGACAAUACAGUUUUAGGCUCCAUACAUACCAUAUUUCUACUAAAAAGAACACACUGAAAUUUUACUCAUAAAACUUGUAAUACUCGUGCAACUUUGUCUCCGACAAAUUCAUAUGGAGAUGAUAUGCAACUAAUAUGCUCUGGCUUACAUUUUGAAAAUAUCAUAUAAUAUAGAACAGCUUUAGAUGCUGUAGUAGUAGAUAGUCCAAGCUUGACUGCCCCCCAAAAGCAGUUUCUCUCUUGGAAAAGUCAUGGCUGUGUGACUGUAAGAGUUGUUGUAUUAGUAGUCUUUAUGAAAAGUCAUAUAAUACAGAACAGGAUGUGUGAUUGCUGCUAUAUGUGCAACUGUGUUAAUUGUAAUGUCAUCAACAAAGUUACAUGCACAAAGGGCUCAAUGAGUCAGCAAGAAAGCCCUCAAGCACGUAUUGUUUUCACAGUGUGAUCAGGCUGAAGCCUCACAAACACACUGAGUCUGUAAGGAUGGACUUUGGAACAGGGCCAUAUAGUCUUCGGUUACGUUGACCACUCUAAAACCCUCUUCCUGGAAUGAAUCAUAGCCUGAUAAGCCCUCCCUCCUCUUCCUGCUCUCACACACAGCCAGCUCCACCUCUUCACAUAUUUCCUUGUUCCUUCCCCUUCAGAUCUACAGUUUGAUAGAUGGGUGUAACCAGCAUGGUGGUGAAGUGCAAGAGCUGACAGGCCCCACAAACACAUGUUGUUUAGAUCAGAGCUCAAACUAGUUUCAGACUCAGUCGAUACUCGUCACUGAGAGGUGAAAUGGCGCAGAAAGGAGUUCAGCUGGACCAGGAAACCUUCUGUUGCUCCAUCUGUCUGGAUCUACUGACGGAUCCGGUGACUACUCCCUGUGGACACAGCUACUGCAUGAACUGUAUUAAAACCCACUGGGAUGAAGAGGAUAAGAAGACAAUCUACAGCUGCCCUCAGUGUAGGCAGACCUUCACACCCAGGCCUGUCCUGCUGAAAAACACCAUGUUAGCAGUUUUAGUGGAGGAGCUGAAGAAGACUGGACUCCAAGCUGCUCCUGCUGAUCACUGCUAUGCUGGACCUGAAGAUGUGGCCUGUGAUUUCUGCACUGGGAGGAAACUGAAAGCCCUCAAGUCCUGUCUCGUCUGUCUGGCCUCGUACUGUGAACAACACCUCCAACCUCAUUAUGAAUCACCUGCCUUUGAAAAACACAAGCUGGUGGAGCCCUCCAAGAAGCUCCAGGAGAACAUCUGCUCUCAACACGGUGAGGUGAUGAAGAUGUUCUGCCGUACUGAUCAGCAGUGCAUCUGUUAUCUCUGCUCUGUGGAUGAACAUAAAGGCCACGACACCGUCUCAGCUGCAGCAGAAAGGACCGAGAGGCAGAGAGAGCUCGGGAGGAGUCGACAAAAGAUCCAGCAAAGAAUUCACGACAGUAAGAAAGUCAUGAAGCUGCUUCAACCGGAGGUGGAGGCUAUCAACCGCGCCGCUGAUAAAGCAGUGAAGGACAGUGAGAAGAUCUUCACCGAGCUGAUCCGUUUCAUCCAACAAAGAAGCUCAGAUGUGAAGCAGCAGGUCAGAUCCCAGCAGAAAACUGAAGUGAGUCGAGUCAAAGAUCUUCAGGAGAAGCUGGAGCAGGAGAUCGCUGAGCUGAAGAGGAGAGACGCUGAACUGGAGAAGCUCUCACACACAGAGGAUCACAACCAGUUUCUACAAAAUGACUCCUCACUCUCACAUCUCAGUGAAUUCACAGAGUUACCCAGCACCAAAAUCCGCCCUCUGCAGUACUUUGAGGACGUGGCGGCGGCUGUGUCAGACGUCAGAGAUAAAGUACAAGACGUUCUGAGUAAGAAAUGGCCGAAGAUUUUACGGACAGUGACUGAAGUGGAUGCUUUACUGUCACAACAACUGAGGACCAGAGAGGAAUUCUUACAGUAUGCAUGUCAACUCACACUGGAUCCAAAUACAGCACCCUCCUGGAUGGUAGUUUCUGAGCAGCGCCGUAAAGUAACAACAAUACCAAUGGAGCUUUUCGUACAUUGUUAUUCUUCAGAUAAAUUUAAAAACUAUCAGAUCCUGAGUAGAGAGAGCCUGACUGGACGUUGUUACUGGGAGGUGGAGUGGGACGCACUAGUCACAAUAGCUGUUGCAUACAAGGAUAUGAGCAGAUCAGGGACCUAUGAAGAAUGUGCAUUUGGACACAAUGACAAGUCUUGGGCGUUAUAUUGUCUCGCUAAAUAUGAAUUCAGACAUAACAAUAUCAAUACUCCGAUCUCAGGUAAGUCGUCCUACAAGGUCGGAGUGUUUGUGGAUCAUAAGGCAGGUGUUCUGUCCUUCUACAACGUGGGUGAAACCAUGACUCUCCUCCACAGAGUCCAGACCACAUUCACUCAGCCUCUCUACGCUGGACUUGCUCUUCAUUAUUCUAGAGGAGACAAUGCCAAGUUGUGUGAGCUGAAGUAGACGGGAAGUGGCAAUGGGUUGGAUUCUGCUUUUUUUGUGUUUAUGCAUUGUGUGUCAGAUAUCAGCUGUCACUUAAAGCCCCUCCAGUGUAUUUUGGUAUUUCUAUAUUUCAUAUUUAUUUGAGUCAUUUCCUGACUAAGUUGAUAAGCCACACUGUUUGCCUAUUCUUUUUGACAAAUAACUUAAUUUUGUGCUCAAAGUUAAAAAAAAAGAAAGGUUGUUGCUAAAAUGGGAAUAUGACGUCUGACUAUAGUAGUCUGAGCAGCGGCAAACUGAAAAAUCUGUAUAUCUGUCUGUCAGUUUGUCUUUCUAGUUAGUUAGCUAGUUAGCUAGCUCAACUUGUUGCAUCAGCUAACUGAAGGGUUUCCUCCACCUUACUUUAGUGUGUUGAUUUUCACAAUGACAUUUGUGUGUGCGGUGAACGGGUGCAAUUGUGUAUUUAUUAUUAUUAUUUAGUCAUUUAAAGGGACUCUAUGUAAGAAUCAGAAAUUGCUUGUUAACAGCGACACCGUUGGCCGUUAAGUCAACGAAAGUCAGCGGUCUG